AUGGUUUACGGAAAGAAUCAUUCUGAGUAUUUGCUCGGAAUUUGCACCGUGUCGUUUCUGCAUCAGUACGUUAUCAUCUCGGACCAUCCACUGGCGAACAAGCAUAAGCUGACACUUAAACCCAGUGAUCCCGGUCUUAUACGGCGGUUUAUCAAGGAGAUUAAAGAUGGACGCCCGGUUCAUGUGUGCAAGCAUCAGGCUCUAUCCCAUAAGAUGUUCGUUCAUCAUUUUAUAAAGACUUGUGAAGAAAUAGGUGAGCUCAACUUGCUGAUGUCUAUACCAACAGAUUGCCACAUGCCGUUGCUGUACUGGGCCAUUUGGAGUGAUCGUUGUAUUUUCUUUAAGGCGAUCUUAGAACAAUACAAGAAGCAAAAGAAAAAACUGGAGCCAAACGUCAUCUACCAGAUUGCAAAUGGCUGCUGUAUUUGUGGUAAUGUUGAAGUCAUGGAUCUCCUUCAUAAGUGUCUUGAAGUCAACAUAUUUAAAAUACCUUUGCUAGCUAUUCCAGUGCCGUUUAAAAAUACUCUCACCUCUAAGAAACUAGUUGCCAACGCAGAUAUAACAAGUGAUUACGUCGCACAUACUGGGAAGCUCAUUCAUGUUGCAUGUUUCCACGGUAACGACGAAAUGGUGGUGUUCCUCCUGACUAAAGCCAAUUCAGACAUAUCCUACGUUAAUACGCAGGACGAAUUUGGCAGGACGCCGUGUCACAUAGCUGCGAAGUGUGGCCACGUGAAAGUAUUUCAGACUUUAAUGAAAAACAGAUGCAGUCUGUCCACGCCCAGUAAAACUGGUAACCUGCCAAUCCACGAAGCCUGUUCUGGUGGGCACACCGAUAUCGUUAGGAUGAUUCUGAAAGUCCAUCCUCACCACUUGUUUAAGAAAGGAACAGAUGAGUGCACCCCUCUUCAUGUUGCAGUCCUCAGCUCUAAUGCCCUGUUGGUGGAAUGGCUGAUGGACCUGGAACAUGAGCAUGCAGUGGCAGAUCAGGAUCUGGGAUAUAUGGUGGCAGACCCAGAUUGCGCCAGCUCGCUGAUUCAUCUGGCCUGCACCAGACCGGGAAACUCUCAAGUGCUGAGGACAUUGUGUGAAAAGUUUGAGAACGACAGAGACCUAGAAGAUUACUUUCUGAAAGCUUCACAAAAAAUGAACACUCCUCUUCAUGUCGUCUGUGAUAGGUCGGCUGACGUGGAGAUGGUCGAGACGUUGAUCGAGUUUGGGGUCUGUGUGAACAAGGUGAACGUCAAACACCAGACGGCCCUACAUCUGGCCUGCAGAAAUACAAGGUGCAACGUUCCCUUGGUGAAGAUGUUGAUCAAGCACAUUUUGAAUGUGUUUGUUAAAGACAUUGAUGGGCAAACAGCCUUAGAUUACGCUUCCAGCAAUGAAGAUGUGAAAAAAAUACUUGCAAAACAUUAUGUUUCCUUGAUCGAUUACAAUUGA